CGAGUUGAUGCACGUUGACGAGUUUAUCGACGAGCUUCUUCACGCAGAGAGAAUGUGUGACAUCAUUUUGCCCCGGCUUCAGAGGAGACAAGUCCUCGAGGAGGCCGAGAUGUUGGACCCACGCAUCAGCGCCCUGGAGGAAGAUCUGGAUGAAGUGGAGACCAGUGAUGAAGAAGAAGAGGAAGAAGAGAAGCAGCUGGAGAGACUCCAGACGCCUGAACCACACAGACGUAGUUACCGUGACAACGACAGGCCUCGCCGCUCCCCGUCACCUCGCUACAGACGCAGCCGCUCACCCAGACGGAGGAGCCGAUCUCCAAAGAGGCGGAGGUUUGUUCGGAUGAAAUCAGUCGUCAAAUGUUUUCAACCUUAUUUUGUGGCUCAGGCUCUUUCAGUGAUUCUGUUGUGUUUUGUCAGCCCAUCGCCCCGGAGAGAGCGCCAUCGCAGCAAGAGCCCCCGCCGCCACCGCAGCCGGUCCAGGGACCGACGCCACCGCUCCAAAUCCCCAGGUCACCACAGAAGCCACCGACACCGCAGCCACUCAAAGUCUCCAGAGAGGAGUUCAAAGAAGAGUCACAAGAAGAGUCGAAGAAACGAGUGACCUCCUUUCUACUUUUAUAUCUUUUUUCUUUUUCCCUCGGA